AUGCAUCUGUGUAGUUUGUAUUUUGAGAGGAUGAAAAACGGGUUUUUGAAUCAUCAUGGCUAUCAAAAUCCUGAAUGGUCUCAUGAGGAUGACAAGAUUGCUAGGCGGUUGUACAAUUGCAAGCUCUUUCGUCGUCUCUCAGGCCACGGUGGAAGUGAUGGGUUGCAUGCUUAUGUUCAUUCUCUUGAUGACGCUGUAUGCGAUCUGAAAUCAUUCAUCGGAAGAGUCUUGGCUGAGAAUCCAGGGCUCCCUUGUUUUUGUUUUGGGCACUCAACAGGUGCGGCGAUCAUUCUUAAGGCUGCUCUCGACCCAAAAGUCGAAGCCUGCAUAUCAGGCAUUGUGGUAACUUCACCUGCUGUAGGAGUUCAGCCAUCGCACCCGAUUCACUCGAUACUCGCACCGAUCGUCUCCCUCUUAUUGCCGAGACACCAAGUUGGGGCUGCGAAUAAGAACGGCUCGGUGGUAUCAAGGGACCCAGAAGCGCUCCUAGCCAAGUACUCCGAUCCCCUCAUCGAUACCGGAUCCAUCCGCGUGAGAACGGGGUACGAGAUCCUCCGGAUAGCAUCCUACUUGCAGCAGAACCUCAGGAGACUGAGAGUUCCCUUUUUGGUCCUCCACGGCGCUGCGGAUAGAGUGACCGACCCAGAUGCUUCCAUGAAGUUUUACGAGGAAGCAUCCGCCACAGACAAGACAAUCAGAUUGUUGGAAGGGCACUUGCACGAUCUGCUCUUCGAGCCAGAGCCAGAGCGCGAAGCCAUUAUGAAGGAAAUAAUUGAGUGGCUGAAAUGUCGAGUAGAGAGGGAGGUAGGAAAUAGAAGCUAUUUCAGUUCCUUCUCGUCAAUGCAUUUGAAGGGAAUCUGACUGAUUCAAAAAACAAUUUCAACUUGCCAGUAUUUAUUUAUCUGAAAGAUCAGCUGAAGUUUUUAUGA